AUGCAGCAGGGUCGAUUACGUUCCGAGGCCAGUUCUUGGAGGUCUAGUAGAGCGAAACUCAUCUUUCCUGCAGGCUCUGCUAUAUACCUCUUCGGAAUCGACAUUUUCAAUCCAGCAAACAUCACAUUCACGCUCGACGGGAAAGAAGCCGGGUUCCAUUACUAUGAGGGAACGGACGCUUAUCGGUACAACGCGCCAUUUUACUCCGCUUCAGGGCUAUCUACGACAACAGACCACACCCUUGGAUGGACCCUUCGAGCAGGAAAACAGAACUCGCUUGCUGCGCUCAUCGACUAUGCGGUGGUUACAAUAGAGAGACGUUUUUAA